GGUCGAAAGGCACAGGCCGUCAGUAGGUGGCAGCGGGACGGAUUGGGGGAUGCGAACAUAGUUAUGGGCAAAAGACAAAGCCUGUAAAUUGGUCGAUUUUCGAUACGGUAAGGACGAUGCCGUCGUCUGGCGAAUAUAUUUGUAGAUAUAAACGUCAUUGGCGAAGGGGAGAGGGUUGCUUUAACGAGUAGGAGACUUCUGCACGACAUUUACCUCUGAUGAAAGACGAGGCAGCGUCAGAUCAAGCCGCAGAGGAGGAGGCAAUGGAAGGUGGGAGGUUGGGUUGCGUGGUAGUGGCCGUGGAUGGGAGCGAGGAGAGCAUGCAUGCCUUGCGGUGGGGGCUGGACAACCUGAGGCUCCGGCCAGCCAAAGAUCAGGAAGGCUCGGACCCUGGCCAGUUCGUUGUUCUCCAUGUCCAGUCCCCUCCCAACAUCGCCGCUGGACUGAACCCUGGUGCCAUCCCCUUCGGUGGUCCUGACAUGGAUGUUCCCGCGUUUUCCGCUGCGAUCGAGUCGCACCAAGGGCGGAUCAGCGAUGCCAUUAUUGCUCAUGCCUUGUCCAUCUGCUCCCAGAAGAACGUGCUUGUGAAGACCCAAGUGGUCGUAGGUGAUCCAAAGGAUAUGAUAUGCGAGGUCACCUCCAACUUGCAAGCGGAUGUUCUCGUGAUGGGCAGCCGUGCCUAUGGCGCCAUUAAGAGAUCUUCUUCGUGCACAGUUUUCACUACCUUCCAUAUCAACUCAGGAGCAAGUAGAGCAUGUUGUCUUUUACAGUACAAUUGGUGUUCCUUGUAAUCUUUGAUCGUUUGCUUCUUUGAUCUCAAAGAAAAAGGUGUAUUACCCAAUUCAAAGGCUUUCAAAAGUGACUCAUACUUGGAGAAAAAUAAAAACAGUAGCAAUGCAUUCCGUGCAUGAGGUAAACAAUAUUUUUUGAGGAUAUGACUUGCUCCACAAAAGUUGGUUUCACAUAAGAGAAGAAAAAAUGUAUUAAGAGAUUCACAAAUGGUGGACUCGAACAUAGAAAUAUACUGUAAGGGAUGAAUGCUUGUGUUUAUCUUGCCAUGAAUGAUAAUAUGAAGAAAGGGCAAGAUUCUUUUGGUUGUUUUGGCAGUUGGGCAAGAGACCAAUUCAGUAACUUUUGAUGUUCCAUUAGGCAAUGUAAUGGCUCCAACAUACAUAUGUGUGUUCCAAGGCUGAGCAGCCAUUUUAAUGUUUUCCUGUAUUAGUGACACAAACUGUCUCCAUUAGUCAGAGGAUAGACCGAUAGACAGUUUGUUUAUUGGUUCCUUGGUUUACAACAUGUGGAAAUUGCAGCCACAAAAGACAAAAUAUGUAUUAGAUAAUUGGUGAUUAACCUAGAGGCCUGGACAAGAAGUUUAUUAUAUGGUUGGCAAUUAGUGAUGGUUGGAGUUCUGUAAGUUAAUUUCUUGUAUGGUUGGCAGCUAAUGAUGGUUGAAGUUCUGUUAAUUAUUUUCUUGACAAUCAAACUUUUAAAUUGGUGAUUGAGCUACAAAGGUGAACAAGUGCCCAACAUUGGCCAGACAAAUCCCAAGAAAGUGUCCAGUUCUUAGGGAAGUAGCGCUCACCCUGGACCCUGCUGAUUCCACUCUCAACCUGGCUGAGCACCAUACGUGCUCCUCAUUUUUACCGAGCUUGAUGCUAUUGUGUUUUCUUUCUUGAUGUAAAAAAGAGCUUUCUAUCCCAAUUCUGUCUCCU